AUGCCUGCUGAUACUGUUGACGUUCUCAUUAUUGGCGGCGGCCCCGCUGGGUUGACAGCUGCUCUCACUCUUGCGCGUCAAUUGCACACAGCUGUCUUCUUCGAUAACCAGUCCUACCGCAAUGGCAAUUCCCCCUUCGUGCACAUGAUCCCAACAUGGGACCACAAAGAUCCUGCUCAAUUCCGUGAGCAGGCUCGCCAGGAGAUCCUAUCAAAUUACUCCACUAUUCGCUUGGAGAAUACAAGCAUCGAAAAGGCAGAAAAAGGAGAUGACGGGCUUUUCAGAGUAACCGACGCGAAUGGGCAUUCUUGGCAAGGAAGAAAAUUGAUCCUUGCCACUGGAUCCCAGGACAUUUUCCCACCCAUCCCCGGCUAUGCUGAAGCCUGGGGAAAGCGCAUCUUCCACUGCCUCUUCUGCAAAGGCUACGAGGACCGCAACGCAAAACGGGCAGGCGUCCUCGCCAUACAGUCUGCCGCAAAUGUGCCGAUGGCGAUGCAUCAAGCGGAAAAUGCUGCGCAACUGGCCGAACAGGUUACCAUCUAUACCAAUGGACAAGAGGCCCUUGAGUCCCAAUUGGCUGCCACAUUGGCCACUCAGGGCAGCAAUACUGUGUUCAAGGUUGAUAACCGUGAAAUAACCGGUCUGGCACUCAGCGGGGAUGAUCUGAGUACUCCGGUCUCCAUUCAGGUCCAGCUUGCCGAUGGUAGCCAGGUCGAAGAGGCUUUUCUCGUGCAUAAUCCUAACACGCAGGUCAAGAGUACGUUUGCUACUCAGUUGGGUCUGGACCUGGCACCCAGCUUUGUCCCUGGUACGGGCGAUAUAGCUGCUGCAGCGCCUUUCCAUCAGACCAGCAUUCGGGGCGUGUUUGCUGCAGGUGACUGUAUCACCCCGUAUAAGGUGGUUGCGGGUGCCAUUUCUAGUGGAUGCAAUGCGGCUGUUGCGGCUUCGGCACAAUUGCUAGCAGAAAAGCAUGGUCAUCAGCCACUCUUUUGA